AUGCGCGCCUCUUCUUCCAUUGCGGCGGUAGCUCUUCUAGCCCGCAGUGUAUUCGCCCAAUGCACUAAUGGCCUUGCCGUCCUCGCCGGGGCCCAAGAAGUUGUUGAGCAAUGUGCUCCUAGUGUAUCGACUGAUGCCGUUGCUUUAUGCAGCAGCUUCCUAGGCACGAAUACAGUAUUCGCGGUUCCUCCAUCCGAAACGGCUCUGACAACUACUACGGAGUUGGCUACCCGUACUGUUACUAGAGUAGUAUUCACAACUACUACUACGACCGAGACGGAAAUAAUUGUCUCUACUUCGAGUACUACUGUCUUCGCGACUCCCUCACCUGGUCCAGUUGGUCGACGCGAAAUAGAGUCCAAUGAACUUCCGGCCAGCUCGUCUGCCUCUGCCGCUGUCGCCUGUCCUACUUUGACAAGUUUGCCCACGGACAGCGUUUCAAGCUUAGCCAUCAGCUCGGCCUGCAAUUGUCUGGGUGUGAGUCCUGUCGUCUCGACUGUAUCAUCUGAUGCCACUACCACAAGUACUAUCACUGAGUCGAAGAUAACUGUCUCGACUAAGACGAUAACCUCGACCAUCGUCACAUUUACCAAGAGCACCACAACUACUGUUGUAGCUAUGGCAACUCAAACGGUUGCAUAUGACCGCUGCAGUGUUGGCUACAACACAGGGGGUAGUGGAAAAGGUAACCGCGCUGAAAAUGUCCAGGCCAACUCUUCCCAAGACUGUUGCCAGCAGUGUCAGCAGCGACAAAACUGCGUUGCGUCGGUUUAUACUGGUACGAUGUGUCAGCUUCUGAUCAAGGAGGCACAGCUUUCGGGCGCAACUACGUCUGAUAAAUGCCCUCUUGGUAUAGAAGACUACCCAUUCGGAUCGGCUGGCGGGAUGGUAUAUCCUGGGCCUUGCGGUUUCUAG